AUGGCGAUAUCAGGAACAUACGUAGCAGAGGUGCCACUCAAAGGGUCGGUGGAGAAACACUACAAAAGGUGGAAGAGCGGAAAUCACAUUUUCUCGGACGCCAUCGGCCACCAUAUCCAAGGUGUGGCCAUACACGACGGCGACUGGGACUCCCACGGCUCCAUCAGAUCCUGGAACAUCACAUGCGAUGGGAAGCCUGAAGUCUUCAAGGAGAAGAGAGAGGUAGACGACGAGAAGAUGACAUUGACGUUGAGAGGACUAGAUCAGGGUCAUGUGGUGGAGAAGUACAAUAUAUGA